CCCAUUUUUAACAUCGCACUCGUUCGGUCGUCGCGAGUUGAUUUUUUUCAGCGUCCGCAAACAACGACAGUGUCGAGCGGUAAUGUGAACUUAAACUCUAAAAGUUAAAGUCAAGUUCAAGCUCAAGAAGCUUCCAGCUAGGACGAUGUUACACAAUUUCAUUUUAAUAAAUCAAGAAGGCGGCGUUAUGCGAAUGAUGAACGUCAGCUUGUCAAAUGCGACUACGAUUUAUUUUCCUAAUAAUUCUGGUAACGGAUCAGAUUUAAAUUUAAAUAAUGACAUUGAUUUAUACCCUUUUGAAGUAGUGCUACCUUUUACUAUAAUCUACGUGAUCAUAUUCAUCACUGGUUUAAUUGGCAACAUUGGUACUUGUAUAGUUAUAACUAAAAACAAAUCUAUGCAGACUGCUACAAAUUACUACUUGUUCAGUUUAGCUAUUUCUGAUCUACUGCUGUUAAUUUCUGCUUUACCAUUCGAGAUCUACAGGAUUUGGGCUGAGGAUAAUUAUAUUUUUGGGCAGGGAUUUUGCACCACUCAAGGUUUAGCUGCUGAAACCUCUGCUAAUGCUACGGUUUUAACCAUCACAGCUUUUACAGUCGAAAGAUAUGUAGCAAUCUGCCAUCCUUUCAAAGCACACGCAUGGUCUAAGCCCAGCAGAGCUGUGCGCUAUAUCAUAGGCAUCUGGAUCAUAGCUCUUGGUUUAGCUAUCCCCCAAGCUAUACAAUUCGAGGUGGUUAGAGAGUACAUAAACGGGCAGUACAUCAGCCAUUGUAAUAUAAAAAAUGCUUUUUUUGAUCAUUCUUUCGAAAUAUCUACUUUUAUUAUUUUCAUUGUUCCUAUGAGUCUUAUCACUGUUUUGUACGUUUUGAUUGGAGUACAGCUAAAGAAAAGUAAUAACAUUGGUCCUUCGAGAACGACCAGUGAUGGUAAACAGGAAGAAUUCGGCAGGAAGAGUGCCAGCAGGAAUACCGCUGCCCAAAAACGGGUUGUCAAAAUGCUUAUUGCAGUCGUGGCGGCUUUCUUCAUUUGUUGGGCCCCAUUCCAUGCUCAAAGACUCCUCGCCGUCUACCUGUCGAACGCAUCUGAAGAGAUUCAAAAUGUAUUCGCCGAUUUUUAUCUAUAUCUAAUGUACAUUUCUGGAUUACUAUACUUCAUAUCCACGACUGUCAAUCCUUUGUUGUACCACAUAAUGUCGAAGAAAUUCAGAAAAGCAUUUAAGUACACAUUCAGCGAGAUGUGUGGCUGCAAAAGCACCUCCAAAAGCCACUACGCAGCCAUCAGAAGAGUCCCGCCUAGUAUGCGAGACAUGCCCAGGUCCGUAUCCGAUAACGUAACCCCAGCUUUAAACAAGUCGGCUCAUGCAAAAAACAAGCGAUGCAACUCGAAAAUUUCAGACAGCAGCCGUAGCAGUUUUUUAUCAAACUCCAGCCGUACUACGUCGCUGUACGACAGGAAUAAGUCGAUAGCAUGCGAGCACGAGGCUAUACAGGACGGGAAAAAAUGCUCUAUGCUGCCGUUGAGGUUCAGCCAAAUUUUCGGCAGGAAGGGUAGUGAUCGGGAAACUUGGAAUUUGGAUGAAUGGGUGGCUUUCAACAAAGAAAAUGCGUCACUUGAUGUAAAUUUGUCUGGCCAAGUUACAAUAUGUGCUAAAGUUCUAAAAGUUCUAAAAAUUUCAACACCGAAUCGUGACGUUCUACCCAUCGUAUAUUACACAGUUGCUUUAACUUUUCCUUUUUAG